UGGCAUUCGUUUUACAACACUGCCAGAAAAUUUAAUGUGACCUGUUAUCAUCGCCGGUAUUAGGGGGGGCUGCACUCCACCUAUCGGACAACACGUAAAUAAAGUGACGUGUAAGACAACAACGAAAACAAGCAAAGAUGGACGGAUUUAUGAUGGACAUCAUCAAGGGCAUGUGUAUCAUGGACAACGAUGGCAACCGCAUCCUGGCCAAGUACUACGACAAAAACAUCCUGUCCACGCUGAAGGAACAAAAGGCGUUCGAAAAGAACCUGUUCAACAAAACGCAUCGCUCCAACACGGAAAUCAUCAUGCUGGAUGGCCUCACCUGCGUCUACAAGAGCAACGUGGACCUUUUCUUCUACGUCAUGGGCAACGCCUACGAGAACGAGCUGAUCCUGCUUUCCGUACUGAACUGCCUGUACGACUCCAUCAGCCUGAUCCUCAAAAAGAAUGUGGAGAAGCGCCUGGUGCUGGAGAACCUCGAGAUCAUCAUGCUGGCCUUUGAUGAGAUCUGCGACGGGGGAAUCAUCCUGGAUGCGGAUCCCUCGUCUGUGGUUAAACGCGUCGAUCUGCGCAACGAUGACAUUCCCAUUGCCGAACAGACCGUUGCCCAGGUACUACAAUCGGCGCGUGAACAGCUCAAAUGGUCCAUCCUGAAGUGAUGAGGGGUGGCGGUAGAGAGAUAAUGAGAGAGGAUGGUAUGAGGAAGCCACUUCCUGUCGCUGUCCUGUUUAUCGCAAUACAUUCGAUCCUUCGUGUAUCCCCAAUUUUGUUUCCGCCUAGUUGUAAAGCAUAUUAUAAUACAUAUAUUUAACUAGA